AUAAGUACCCGAGAUUUUGUGGCUAUCAAAUUACUCCAACGCGUGCUUCAAUUCAGAACAAUUUUUUUUCUGUGAACAUGAUUUCUAAUUCAUCAUCGAAAAUUGAUAAGGUCGCAACCGAAAAGCCAAAGUGCGAUAAAGCUGAAACAACGUCGUCAAAGAGCAAAGAACGUCCAUACAAACUGCGACACGUUCGGAGCUUCUCCCGCGAUUACCAACAGAUGAGUCACAUUCCGCUGUACUGCUAUUUAGGUCGGUUACAGUGCAAAGAUGACGACCGUUUCGCCAAACACAUGACGAAACACGGGCGCAUAUUUGGUUUCAUUCGUCAGGUUGAUGACUACAUUCUGGAGGAACCGAGUUUCGCCGUGCGUUUGGACUACCGUCCCGAUUACGCCAGAACGUUGGUGUACGUGCAGAACGUGUCACCUCAUUCGGUGUUGCGACUCAGCAGGGCCUACAUCCACCUGGCAGACGGUCACAUGAAGAUGCUGAUUGAAAGCGAGAUGCGCCUUUCUUGGGGUACGGUUUCAAAGUUUUGCUUCGACAGUUGCCUGCUGUCGGAGCUGGAUAGAAGCUACGGACUGAUAUUGGUUGGACUGGCGGACUCAAAGACAGAAAUAUUGUAACUUUACCACCUGCAAGUGACCGUGUUGAGUCAUUUCGUGAAAGAGCAGCUAAUUUUGAAGAAACCAACGAUUCAUUGUCCGCCGUUGAAUCAGUAUCCGGUACCGAUGGAAAAGAAGAUCAUAUACGAGAGUUUUCAAUGGUUCAACAAAUAUGUCGCAACAAAUCACGAGCAGCUGUCUGCUGUGCGAAAUAUCGUGAAUCGGACUUCGUUCCCUGUUCCGUACAUAUUAUUUGGACCACCCGGUACUGGAAAAACUUCAACUAUCGUAGAGGCAGUUUUACAAAUUUGGAAACUACAACCCAAAGCCAACGUUCUCGUAUCGGCAGCUUCAAAUUUCGCCUGUGAUGAAUUCACCACGCGCCUGCUGGAAUUCAUUCCCGUCACCGAUGUGUUCCGUUUCGUAUACUUCGUAUCGAUUUUGCUGAUAACGGAACAACACCAUCGUUCUCAAAGAGCAGUGGAGGUUUUGAGGAAGGUGGUGAGUAUCGUCGCGGCCCCGACUACGAAUAUCCGGAAGGCGGUGCAUCAUACGAGGAAAAUUCAUCGUACGGCUAUGGUGGAAGACCGUUCCGCGGCCGUGGAGGAUUCCGCGGACGUGGUGGUUUCCGUGGCGGUUUUCAUCGUGAUUUUUUCGUCGUUCGUGAACCAGGAAUCGAUAGAUCUCGCUCCCGUUCACCGAGGCGACGCAGU